AAACCCACCGGAUGCAUGCGCGUAGCGUAUGUGACGGCAUUACGGAAAACCCCCACCAGCAGCAGCUACGCGAGGUCGGAUCGGAUGGCGUCCAGCAACGAGAAGCCACUGCCCACACCGAUCUCUGCCGCCGCCGGCGGCAGCGGCGGCAACGCGCCGCCGGGGAGGCCGACGACGGUGGAUUCGAUGCUGCUGGACAAGGGCGCGGCGAUGCUGCAGGCGCUGCGCCCGGUGAAGCAUAUCAAGCAGCACGUGUGCACGUUCGCGCUGUACGCGCACGACCCGCGCCGGCAGGUGGAGACCCACCACUUCGUCUCCCGCCUCAACCAGGACGUCCUCCAGUGCGCCGUCUACGACGCCGACGACAAGCACGCCCGCCUCAUCGGAGUGGAGUAUAUCGUGUCGCGGAAGAUCUUCGACUCGCUGCCGGCGGAGGAGCAGCGGUUGUGGCACUCGCACGCGCACGAGAUCAAGGCGGGGUUGUGGGUGAGCCCGCACGUUCCCGGGAUGCUGGAGAAGGCGGAGCUGGAGAAGAUGGCCGGCACGUUCGGCAAGUUCUGGUGCACCUGGCAGGUGGACCGCGGCGACCGCCUCCCGCUGGGCGCGCCGGCGCUGAUGGUGUCGCCGCAGGACGACCCCGCGGCGGACGUGCGCCCCGACCUCGUGCGCAACCGGGACGACAAGUACCGCUACUCCACGACGGAGCUGCGGGCGGCGAGGGCCGACGUCGCGGUGCCGGCGGAGCCGCGACCGGGGCAGGCCGACUACUGGCUCCGCCACCGCAAGGGCUUCGCCGUGGACGUCGUGCCGCACGAGAUGAAGUGCCACGCGCCGUUCCCGUAAGCUGUGAACAGUACGCUGGCAGAGCUGUGGCACACGACUCGUGUACGUGAACGUAGUAGUGUAGGAACGACCGUGGGUCGUUGUAUCGUGUGUACGGCUCCGUCGUAAACUCGUAACACCAACUGCUACCACGUCUUCUGGGCAAAAAAUGGUGCGUGACUUGACUUGAGCACUUUCAUGUCUUGGAUUUCACACAGUUUUUCUUUUAGCCAGUUCAACAAAAGCUUAAUCAUGAGUCUAAAAAAAUGAAGUUGAGCUAGAAAAAAUGAAGUAAGCUCAACUGUUAGGUUUGAGGGUUUAUUUUGGAACCAGUUCAUGAUUUAACAGAUUAAACACGUUUACUUGUUUUUAA